AUGUCCACGGAGGCACGUUCACUCCCUCCUCCGUCCGAUGAGCAGGCAUACAUGUACGUAUCUGCCCUUGAAGCCGGACACCUCAUUGUUCCUUUGAGUCUAAUGGUAGCUGAUCAAUCGGACGAUCCCAUAACCUUCCCCUCACUCGCAUUCCUACUGCGUCAUUCGAAGAACAAUAAGCGGGUUGUUUUCGACCUAGGAAUCCACAGGAACAUCAAAGAGUUUGCGCCUGCUGCAAUAUCAGUAGUGCCUGAUGUGAAGCAGACUGCGGCAGAGUCUUUGGAAGCUGGUGGAGUCCCCCCUUCAUCAGUUGACUUGGUAGUCCUGAGUCACCUCCAUUGGGAUCACGUCGGAGAUCCCUCCCCGUUUACGAGUGCUGAGUUUAUCCUCGGGGAAGGAUCGAAGCAAGCUUUUUUGGACCCUGGUUCCUGUCACAGUCCUAUAGCUUUUUCAUCCAUUCGUCCACCAGAAGACCGUCUACGCUUUGUCACAGCUUCUGACCUAAACGUGGCAAUCGGACCCUACCCGCACGCAAUGGACAUUUUCGGUGAUGGCAGCAUAUACAUCGUUGAUGCAUCUGGGCACGCUGACGGGCAUAUCAACAUCCUUGCGCGCACUUCCCCGGACGGCGCUUGGAUCCUGCUAGGCGCAGAUUCAGCUCACCAUCCUGAUUUGAUCACUGGGAAGAUGCAAAUUGCAUGCCAUGUCGAUGCGAAAACGGGCGCGGUAACAUGUUCUCACCAGUACAAGGAAGUCGCGGAGGAAAACAUUCGCAGGAUGAGGUCGUUGUUAGAGAUCCCGAGGGUGCAGGUUCUGGUAGCCCAUGAUAUAGUUUGGUAUGAAGAAAACAAGGGUAAAGAAGUGUUCUUACCACACACAAUACCGCCACUCGUAUAA